AUGGCCGUCGACGUGACCAGUUUGUAUCAAAAAUGCAUCACGCGCAAGAACGAGAUCGAUACCGAGCUGGACAGUAUCGAGGUCGGGCAGCGACUUCCGGUUGCAAAACGACAGCGGCUACAAGGACUGGAAAAAGAAUUCGGUAUACUUGUUUGUUCUGAGUUGUAGAUCAACACGGCCUCUAGUAUUUCCUCCACACAGGUUUUAGUGUUGAUGUUGCGUAUAGAAAAACCAUGAAAAUCUUUUUUUCUUCUCAUGUCCAAUCAGGCGAUGCGUAUGCGGUAUUCGAGACCGAAGUGAAACGGGGCGGCAAAAACCUACCGGGCGGGCGAGGCAAGUGGGACAGGUAUCUAAACCAGUUGACCGAUGACAAGUCGACAAUACGAGCGUCGCUUGAGCCGCACAAAAUUGAGGACAUUCGGCAACAGCAAAUGGACCAGGACAACCUGGUCGGGAGCCGCGACGCCCGCGUGAACGACGACAGAAGCAAAUUGCUGACGGAAAGAAAUCGAAUACGCGACGUCGACAGGCAGCUGGAUGAUCUGCUGGAAAUGGUACUGAUUUAUUCUUGAUGAAGUUCUUUACGUCUAGUACGUAUGAGAUGCUAACUCGAAGCAAGCACUUGUUCCGGGAUCAUCUGGCGUUAUGUUCGCUUUCUUGAUGAUCCUUGUUUUAAAACCUUUCCCGCUCCAAAUCUACAGGGCCAUGAAUCUCGAUCCCGAUUGCAGAACCAAAACGCGAUACUCGCCGGCGCUGCAACUCGCAUGGUUUCUGUGAUAGAAUCUGUCGGCCGCGGAACCGGUCUGGUCAACCGCAUCGAUAGGCGGCAUCUGGAGGACAAGAUUCUCGUCUAUGCGGGCAUCACCAUUUCCAUGGUGCUGUUUGUAACACUCUACAUUUACUUCAAGUGGAUGAAGUAGCAAUCUUGCGCGCUACGAGCAGCCCGACAGUAAUCCUGCUACAAGUGCACCUGCUUGCGCCGGCUCCUGCUGCGUAUUGGCGUGAAGGUCGACAUUACAGGCGGUUUUGUCCUUUGAAUUUGGUGCAAGCGCGAACAGGAGAACUCGAAACGAGAAAUCGACACGCGAGGUGGAAGAGAAGCUGAUGCGUGGUGACGUGGUGCACAGCAUCAGCAGGCGGAAGUGAGAGCUAGUGGAUUGGUUUCCGCGUUGACCGAGGAAUUUCUUCUUUUUGGGAAAAUUCGUGGCGAAGGCUCGCAGAGCCGAACAUGCACAAGGGCCCCCCGACUAGCUUCUCUGCCAAAAUGAAACCAAGAUGGAAGAGUCGCAGCGCAGACCAGCUUUGUGUUUGACCGGCAACGGCACACGAAAAAAAUCCAAAAACUUUCGUAACUAAACGACUCGAAGUGAUCAGAAUCAACAACGAACAACAGGCGACAAAAUCAAGCAAGAACUCAAAAAUGUAAAGGUGGACCAACACAU